UCAGAGGCCAAAGAACAUCUAGGGAGACGGGAAAGAAAGUCUAGAUGCAUUCGACGGGAACCACAAUGCCAUGGCCCUAUUAUUGCAUUCGACAAUUACAAAUCAAAAGAAGAGAAGAAAAGUAAAAGCUAUCUCGUGCUCAAAAAGUUCUCUUGUCAGAAGAAAAGAUACAAUCCAUAGUCGAUGCGGGGGAGGCAGAAUGGGGGACGCCAUACAAUAUGAAGCCAGGAGACAUCAAACAUGAUGAAAGUAUUAGUUUCACUGUUUUAGGCUUCUCGGCUUUUGAGCUAGUGCUAUUUGGAACUGGGAGUGACUAGAAAAGAGCCAAGGGAUGGAGAAUUUUUUUAUUGAAGGGGCCAAAUGAAAGAUACAAGAAGAGGACAAGCACACCGAUGCCACCAGAAACAGACAUCUCUAGAAGGAGGAGGAUCUCAGCUCCAAAAUCCUCGGCCAUGGCUUCUAGUUGCAGCCUAAUAACCAUUUGGUGUUUUCUCCUCGCAUUUGUCUGUCCUGUUCCCUCGGCGGCGGUGCCGGCGGUCAACCGCACGCGGAAUCAGUGGAUUACGGCGCAUUUGAAGAGGGUCAAUAAGCCUGCUGUGAAGAUGAUUAAGAGUCCUGAUGGUGAUGUCAUAGACUGCGUUCCUUCUCAUCUCCAGCCGGCGUUUGAUCAUCCCAAGCUCAGAGGACAAAAGCCCCUGGAUCCUCCUGAGAGACCAAGAGGCUACAACAGGAGUAGUGCAGCAAAUGAUGUGAAACUGCAAGCAUGGACAAUCUCAGGGGAGUCAUGUCCUGAAGGCACAGUGCCGAUAAGGAGGACGACGCCGGGAGAUAUUCAGAGAGCCAGUUCACUCCGGCUAUUCGGAAGGAAGCCGGCGGGUGUACGACUGCGCCGGGACUCAACCAGCAGCGGCCAUGAGCAUGCUGUUAGCUACGCCAUGGGAGAUCAGUACUAUGGUGCAAAAGCUAGCCUCAGUGUCUGGGCACCGAGAGUGACGAUUGGUUCCGAGUUCAGCCUGUCGCAGAUCUGGGUCAUCUCUGGCUCGUUUGGCAAUGAUCUGAACACCAUUGAAGCUGGAUGGCAGGUAAGUCCUCAACUAUAUGGAGAUGGCAGACCCAGAUUUUUCACUUACUGGACUACCGAUGCAUAUCAGGAGACGGGCUGCUACAAUCUCUUGUGCUCAGGCUUUGUGCAGACAAACAGUAAGAUAGCCAUUGGAGCAGCUAUUUCACCAACGUCAGCCUUAAACGCUGGCCAAUUUGACAUUGAUCUUCUUGUAUGGAAGGAUCCAAAGCACGGGCAUUGGUGGCUAGAAUUUGGGCCAGGAUUGCUGGUGGGGUACUGGCCGACGUUCUUGUUCAGUCACCUGGCGGAGCAUGCAAACAUGGUGCAGUUUGGAGGAGAGAUUGUGAACACGCAGUCGUCCGGUUUCCACACGUCGACGCAGAUGGGCAGCGGCCAUUUCGCGGAAGAAGGCUUCCGGAGAGCUGCUUACUUCCGCAACCUGCAACUGGUUGACUGGGACAACAGCUUGAUCCCCUUGGCCAACCUCAGGCUCUUGGCUGACCACCCUAACUGCUACAGUAUACAAGGAGGGGUGAACCGGGUGUGGGGGAAUUAUUUCUACUACGGAGGACCAGGAAGGAACGUGAGGUGCCCUUAACAGUGAUGAUUGAUUCUACAUGGAAAUGUAUUUUUUGUUUUUUUUGGAAAAGGAAAAUUUUCUUCCUUUCAUUCUUUUUUUUUUUUUUUUUUUUCUGUUUUGCUCAUAGAAGCGUAUUUUUGGAUGGCUCUGUUUUGUAAAUGCAAAAGGAAUUAAACGGCCGGAGAUCAGUAUAUUUGAUUCUUCUUGAUCGAUCCCUUUAAAGGUGUUUUAAUCUUAAUCCUGUGAUAUUGUGCA